UCACAUGAUUGCCCGGAGCGUCAUGAAGCAGAGGUACAGAAGGGGAGAGGCGCCCUCUUUGAAGCGAAAUGAUUAUCAACCUAUCUUCAGAAAAGACAUGGGAGACACCAAAGCCUAUCAGAGAUCCCCAGCUGCUCUGUGUACUGUAGCCUGAUCAUCAUGCGUGAAAUUGUGCAUCUGCAAAUUGGACAAUGUGGCAACCAGAUCGGCUCAAAGUUUUGGGAAGUGAUCUCUGAAGAACAUGGGCUCAAUGCAACAGGAAACUAUGAAGGAGACUGCAACCUUCAACUGGAGAGGGUCAACGUCUACUUCAAUGAGGCCCAUGGUGGGAAAUAUGUCCCCAGGGCCCUGCUUGUUGACCUGGAGCCUGGUACCAUGGACAGCGUGAGAGGAAGCCGCAUUGGGGCCCUUUUCAGGCCGGACAACUUCAUCCAUGGAAACUCGGGUGCUGGUAAUAAUUGGGCAAAGGGCCACUACACAGAGGGAGCAGAGCUGGUGGAGCAGGUCAUUGACCGAGUCAGGCACGAGAGUGAAAGCUGUGACUGCUUGCAGGGCUUCCAGCUUGUUCACUCCUUGGGGGGUGGCACCGGCUCAGGCAUGGGAACUCUCCUCAUUAACAAGAUUAGGGAGGAGUACCCCGACCGCAUCAUGAACACCUUCAGCAUCAUGCCCUCCCCUAAAGUCUCUGACACUGUGGUAGAGCCGUACAACGCCACCCUGUCAGUCCACCAGCUCCUGGAGAACACAGAUGAGACCUUCUGUAUUGAUAACGAGGCUCUCUACGACAUCUGUUUCCGCACACUCAAACUGACCACGCCAACUUACGGGGACCUCAACCACUUGGUCUCCAUGACCAUGAGUGGGGUCACCACCUCUCUGAGAUUCCCCGGGCAGCUCAACGCAGAUCUAAGGAAACUGGCGGUCAACAUGGUGCCUUUCCCUCGCCUCCACUUCUUCAUGCCAGGCUUUGCCCCCCUGACGGCUCGUGGAAGCUCACAGUACAGAUCCCUCACAGUGCCUGAGCUCACCCAGCAGAUGUUUGAUGCCCGUAACAUGAUGACGGCGUGUGACCCGAGGCGGGGGCGCUACCUCACUGUAGCUGGCAUCUUCCGUGGCCGGAUGUCCACCAAAGAGGUGGACGAACAGAUGCUCGCAAUCCAGCAGAAAAACACCAACCACUUUGUCGACUGGAUCCCUCAUAACGUGAAGGUUGCCGUGUGUGACAUCCCACCACGAGGCCUGAAAAUGGCCUCCACCUUCAUCGGCAACAACACAGCCAUUCAGGAGAUAUUCCGUCGUGUAGGGGAGCAGUUCGCAAUGAUGUUCAGACGCAAAGCUUUUCUCCACUGGUACACAGGGGAGGGUAUGGAUGAAAUGGAGUUCACUGAAGCUGAGAGCAACCUCAACGACCUGGUGUCAGAGUACCAGCAGUACCAAGACGCCACAGUUGAGCAAGACUGGGAUGCAGAGGAUGAGGAAGUGGAGGGACCAUCGUCAACAACGACAACCAAAACGCAGGUGGAAGUCAAAUUAGAGACAGUGGUCGAAACAAGCAAAGAAACUGUAGAUUAAUAAGACAGCGUAUGGUGUGAUGUGGAGGUUUGAGACGUCUUUGAAGGAUACUGAAAGCAUGUGGCAUUGUCGGUCUGAAGUAGAAUGCUGUUUUUUUUCUUGUUUAGUAAAUGCCAUCACUUGAUAUAGAUAGCUUUAGCUUAAAAAGAAGGUAAUGUUACAAUUAACCAAGGUGCUUUUUAUUUUUAUUUUUAUUUGUAUGUAUUUUUCCAUGUGUAGGCCUGAAAUUUGUCUGAAGGGUUUAAAUUUUGUGUUUUCUAAUAUGAAUUUGAAGAAUGUAUGUAAAUAAAAAGACUGUCCUGUUGCACAAACUAUAUGUAUUUCA